AUGGUGUGCCAGCAUAUGGAGCAGGUAAUCCAGACGGCAAAGGUAGGCGAGGCGGUUGUGAAAGAAUGUAUUACUGUGCGUUACCUGAUCAGAAACUGUGAUGCUAAAGACCGAUAUCUUAAAGCAAUGAGAUGCUCUGAAUGUUUUCAGAUCAAUUGUGGGAAUACGUUUAUGUGUCUUCAGUGUGGGUUUGUAGGAUGUUGGAACGAAAACCACUUCUUACAUCAUAGCAAAAAAGUGGGGCACAUAUUUGGAGUGAAUGCUACUAAUGGUCUCUUAUUUUGUUUUCGUUGCUGUGAUUACAUUGGCGAUAAUGAAUUGGUUCGAAUGGAUAUCAUGCCUAAGUACUGGGAUGAGGUUUUGUUACGAAGUUCGAUUCCAAGUGUGGAUGGCAAAGACGGGUUGCUUGGCUUGGUGAACAUGGGGUCUACUUGUUUUAUGAGUAGUGUAAUACAGACGCUAGUGCAUAUUCCACAUGUUUUGCAACAUGUGCUGAAGCAGACCCAUCAAUCGACGUGUGAUAUCCAGGACAGUAUCGCCUGUGUAUCCUGUGCUGUUGACGAAAUAGUGGCAAACUUAUACGGGUAUCCGAAACCUAAUGCCGUUACUAAGAGCUCAGUCGGGCAAUAUUCACAUAUAUCAAGUACUUUUUCAAGGCAGCAGAAGGGGUUUAUUGAUUUAUUGACAUGCUCUUGGAAAAUAAAUAAGAAUUUGGCAGGUUACACGCAGCAAGAUGCACAUGAAUUCUGGCAGUUCUUACUGAACCAGUUGCAUUCAGACCACGUGAGAGCACACAAACCUUCAUCAAAUAAUUCUAAUUGUGAAUGUAUCCUUCAUUUGCUUUUUCAGGGCUACUUGGAGUCUAAUAUCGCUUGCUCUGAAUGUCAUACGAACAGCAAAACCACGGUUGAUCCGAUAAUGGAUUUAUCUCUGGGAAUCCAAAAUAAAUCUACAUUACAUGAAUGUUUAAAUUCCUUUCAUAAAAGGGAGCCACUGACCGAUUUUAAUUACUGCUGUAAGAAAUGCAAAUCGACCAAGAAUCCAAUAAGACAGUUGACGACGGCUAAAUUACCGCCUGUGCUAAUGCUACAACUAAAGAGGUUUGAACACUUAAUGAACGGUACUAGUGUCAAAAUAAAUGAUUACAUAUCGUUUCCAUUGCAUUUGAAUAUGAAAGACUACUGUAAACCAGUAGAUUGUCUGCAUCCCGUCCCUAAUAUGAUGUAUAAGUUGUCUGCUAUUAUUUCACACCACGGUACCGUCCAUCAAGGACAUUAUACGACAAUUUGUAGGAUAAACGGGGAUAUAUGGGCUAAAUUCAAUGACUCGAUGGUCACUGUAAUAUCUGAAGAAGAUAUGUUAAAAGAGCAAGCAUAUUUGCUGUAUUACGUUAUUUGCUAA